GCCGACCUGGUCGGAAUCGUUCGCAUUGUGCCAGGACAGGUAGCCGAGCGCGCCGUGGGGGACCUCAACACGCACGCAUAACCUGGUGGUGGGCGAAACAUUUCGGAUCAAGUGGAAUGCACGUCGUGGCAGCGUUCAGUCGAGCCUCGGCCUCUCACCGCGACGCAUCUUGCCUCCCCCUUUAAUAUACCGACCGAAAUCAGCUCCCAUCGUGCGAUCGCGAUCUGAACGAAGAGUUUCCGAGCGUAACGGAAAUUGUCGUGCACGAGAUCAGUGAUCGGUACGCGUGAUGUGAGACUGUUUAGGUGGAUCGUGUGCUCGCUAGGACCACGUGGGGAACUGUGCAUCCACCAUUUAAAUUGGGCAACCAUGAGAGACCGAUCGAGGGCGACGUGAGGCCGUGACAUGAAAGACAGACUUCGAAAAUAAUGAGGGGUAAGAAGCAAGGAGUCACCGAGGGCGAAGGAGCUUCGAUUCUGCUACUCGUCGCAUUGGCUCCUGUUAUCUGCUCCGCCGGAAUCCUGGACCCCUGGCAGUGGGCGCGUAGUGACCGAAUCGAAGUCAACAUUCCAUGGUUGCCAUUCGAGAACGAGACACGUUGCUACGACGAGCUAGGCUGUUUGAACAUAACCAGGAGCUGGUACCACCUGAUCCACAGACCCCUGAAUGUCUUUCCCCUGCCGCGUGAGGUUAUUAACACACGGUUCAUCUUGUACACAAAGGAGAAUCCCACAGAGGGCCAGGUGCUGAUAGUCGCCAAGGACAAGUCUAUCAAACGGUCCCACUUCAAUCCAAAACGAAAAACAAAAUUCAUCAUACAUGGUUUUAUAGACACCCCACUUAGUAAUUGGGUGAAGGAAAUGAGGAACGAGUUACUCAAGCAUGACGACUACAAUGUCGUCAUUGUCGACUGGGCUGGAGGAAGUCUACCACUCUACACUCAGGCGACUGCUAAUACCAGACUUGUUGGCCUUGAGAUAGCUCAUCUCGUUAAACAUUUACAGACGAAUUACAGACUGGAUCCCAACGAUGUACACCUAAUUGGUCACAGUCUGGGUGCCCAUACAGCUGGCUACGCAGGGGAGAAACUGAACGGAAAUAUCGGCCGUAUUACUGGUCUGGAUCCUGCCGAGCCGUAUUUCCAAGGAAUGCCUAGUCACCUGAGACUGGACUACACCGACGCGAAGCUAGUCGACGUCAUUCACACCGAUGGUAAAAACAUCUUUUUCCUAGGGCUUCCAGGGUACGGAAUGAGUCAGCCAUGCGGUCACCUGGACUUCUACCCCAAUAACGGCAAGGAGCAGCCAGGUUGUACAGAUCUCAGUGAAACAACUCCAUCUUUGCCCCUGACACUGAUAAAGGAAGGCCUCGAGGAGGCAUCCAGGGUGCUGGUGGCUUGCAAUCAUGUGCGUGCCAUAAAGCUAUUCAUUGAAAGCAUAAACUCCAGGUGCCAAUACGUGGCGCACGAGUGCUCCAGUUACACCAGCUUCUUGAGGGGCGAGUGUUUCUCCUGUAAGAGCAACAACAGCCUCAGCUGCGGUGUCAUGGGAUACCAUGCAGACACCAGUCCCGCCCUGAUCAGGCGACAGGCCAUGGGCCAAGAUGUUCUGUCCCUACUGGGGUCAAAGUUCUUCUUUAGCACCGGCAAAGAUGACCCCUAUUGUAGGAGACAUUAUAGGAUUACUAUCAACCUCGCGCGACCACCGACCGCUGAAAGUUGGGUCCAAGGUUUCAUGAAAGUCACUCUCCACGCUGAAAAUGGCAUCAUACGUGACGUCGAUUUAACUCCUAGCGGGUACAUGAAACUGGAGCACGGAUCGACGGUGCGAAUGGUUGUUGCGCAUCCAGCGGGGGCGACCGGUGAAAUUGGAAAAGUCAGGCGAGUCGAACUUUCAUGGACAUACGACAUGGACGUGCUGCAGCCUAGAUCCCUGUGCUUCUUCUGGUGCAACGAUCGGCUGUACGUGAACAGCGUCACCGUGGACGUCAUGGAACUUCCCGCCAGAGGGAAAAGAGAAACAGACUUCACCAGUAAACUUUGCUCGGCAAGCAGGCAGGAGUACGCAGAGAUUGCCAGUGGAUCCACAGCGUCGUUUGUCGACAACUGCUAACACCCAUGUUUCUGCUGAAAAGUGUUCUAUUUUUGUUUUGACGGCGGAGUGAUUGGCUCAAGAUACUUCAGAUUGUUCCUGUGAAAAAAGUAUGGUGAUUAGGACACUAAGAUAACUUCUUGCAAGCUUACUUAAGGGAUAAAUCGGAAAGUUACGAAAGGUAAAUC